GUUACAAUCAAUCACUUCACCCGAACCAUCCAGAGACAGUACAACACUGUGAACAGUCCUCCAAUCAUGGGACACUUCUGGUUCUUUUCUGCUGAAACGUGGGCGCUCCUGCUGCUGUUUGUAAGCCUUUUGUUUCUGUAUGGAUAUUGGCCCAACAGUUUCUUCAGAAAGUUAGGAGUUCCUGGACCCAAACCUCUCCCACUGCUGGGAAACAUGUUAGAGUACAGAAAGGGUUUCCAUGUGUUUGAUAUGGAGUGUUUUAAAAAGUAUGGCGGGAUUUGGGGGAUAUAUGAAGGGAGAACACCCUUACUCUGUGUUCUAGACAGAACCAUCAUUAAAUCAGUGCUCGUUAAAGAAUGUUACUCACUCUUCACCAACAGACGGGAUCUUGGUCUGAACGGUGAGCUGUAUGACGCCCUGUUUGUGACCACAGAUGAGGACUGGAAGAGAAUCCGAGGAGUUCUUUCCCCCUCUUUCACCAGCGGAAGACUGAGGGAGAUGUUUGGGAUCAUGAAGACACAUUCACAAACUUUGGUUAGAAACCUGGAGAAGAAAACGAAGCAAACAAGUGGAGUUCAUGUUAAAGAGUUGUUUGGAGCGUACAGUAUGGACGUGAUAACCAGCUCAGCGUUCAGCGUCGACAUCGAUUCUCUAAACAACCCCAAAGACCCGUUUGUGACGAACGUGAAGAAAUUGCUGGAUUUUGAUUUUUUCAAGCCGACGUUCCUCAUUGCAGCUGUAUUCCCAUUUGCCAUACCUCUGCUGGAGAAAAUGGAUUGUGGUUUCUUCCCUACAUGCGUGUUUGAUUUCUUCUUUACUGUCCUGCAGAAGAUCAAGGCUGAUCGAGUGGCCAAAGACCACAAGAGCAGAGUGGACUUUAUGCAGCUAAUGGUGGAUUCUCAAACACCAGAGAAAGUAGAAGCUCAACAAGGUCUGAGUGAUCAUGAGAUUUUAUCUCAGUCCUUGAUCUUCAUCUUUGCUGGUUAUGAGACGAGUAGCAGCACUCUGUCCUUCUUCUUCUACAACAUGGCCGCCAACCCAGAAACGAUGAAGAAACUUCAGGAAGAGAUCGACCAGACCUUUCCAGAUAAGGCUCCAGUUCAGUAUGAUUCAGUGAUGAGUAUGGAAUAUCUGGACGCUGCUCUGAAUGAAUCUCUGAGGUUGUACCCCAUCGCUGCUCGGCUAGAAAGAAUCUGCAAGAAAACUGUGGAGAUUAACGGUGUGACUAUCCCCCAGGGAACGACCGUCAUGAUCCCCACAUAUCCCCUUCACAGAGACCCUGAAUACUGGCCUGAUCCCAAUUCCUUCAACCCUGAGAGGUUCACUAAGGAGAAUAAGGAGAGUAUAGACCCCUAUGCCUUCAUGCCUUUCGGUGCAGGACCCAGGAACUGUAUCGGAAUGAGGUUUGCUCUGGUGUCCAUGAAGCUGGCCAUCGUAGAGAUACUGCAGAGAUUUGACAUCAAUGUUUGUGAUGAGACGAAGGUGCCAUUGGAGUUGGGUGUCGGUGCUUUCCUGGCUCCUAAAGACCCCAUCCAACUCAACUUCACCCCUCGAGCUAACUCCAAAUCAGGCUAA